AUGGGACAGACUCAUUUUUUGAUUUAUCCAACAAAAAAAAUGGAAGGUGGAGAAGAUGAUUAUCCAGGGCCUGAAUCAGGCAUUGGCGGAAUCAACUUGAACGGGAGAAAUGUCGGGGCAGUGAUGGUGGCACCUAGGGAUGUAGACAUAGCAAGUCAUAGUGGUUGCAGGAUCAACAUAUACGUGAACAGCAACGUUCAGGGGACUUGUGGUUCGGCUCUGUUGAGUUGCAAGGUUAAGCUAAGGGAUCCUGGUGUUCAUCUCCAUAUCGAAGACCUUAAAAUGAACCGAGACGAGGGAUCUAGACAGGAGGAGAUGAGGUUGAUUAAGAUUGGGUUAUGUUUGGUUUGUCUCUUUAACGUCUUUCUAGGAUUCAUUCUCUUGCUCUCAUAUUGGCUCCGGAACAAUGCUGAUUCCACAUAAAUUUCGCGAAGGCUUGCAGUAAUGUAUAUAUGAGAAUCAUCAUCAAAAGCUGUAGGUUCAAUUUCAAUCGAUGCAUUUAUCCUCGUUGAAUCUUUCAUCGUCAUGUCCAUUUAUUAUGUAUGUUGAAUCAUUAACCAUAAUGUAUUUUAAUCGAGAAUUGUAUUUUUGUUUUCCCUA